AUGUCGUCCACGUGUUCAACGUUUUCUUUCCGAUCCCACGGCACCAUCCCACAAGAGUUCCUCAAGUAUAAGGUCCUUUUUAAGUUUUUUUUUAUUGUAAUUUCGUUUUGCAACCUUUACUUCUCUUGAAACAUUUGACAUCUUCAGAAGCAACAACGAUAUCGCUACCGAGCGAGAAAGCGCGCUCCAUUGAUACAGAAUUUACUGAUCCACCCUCCAACAGAGGUCUGUUUUUUCAUUUUCUUUAUUCCAUGUCGUAAAUCUCCAAACCAUCGUUGAAUAAAUAAAAAUAUUGAUGAUUCAGUUUUUGAAGAGAGACAAUCAGAGAAUUAAAAAAAGUUCCAAUUGAUUUUUUUAAAAUGAGUUCAUUAUUUUUUUAUGUUAGAAAAAAAUUUUUUUAGAUGGCGCUGUUCCGCAAUUUCUUCGGAGGCGGUCCGGCCGACCCUGAAGAAGAAAACGGUGCAGAACUUGUCGAGCGAUUCGUCGAACGGGUGGAGACGUGCAGUGCUCCAGAAGACCGUCGUGACGCCAUAAGAGCUCUGAGAAGUCUUGCCAAAGUUUUUUAUUUUGAUACCUUCUUUGUCAAAUUAAUGCUUCAGAAGUACCGUCUUGCGGUCGGAACGAUGGGCAUGAACUCCUACGUGGAUAUUCUGGAGAAAGAAAGAAUGAACCACGAGAUUCUGGCUUUGGUUUUGGACACUCUCAGUGCAGUACUGAGUUCAGACGACGAGAACGUCGAAGAGGACGAGUUAGGAGAACGGCUUGCCGAGGUGCUUCUUUUUCAUUGGUUUAAUAUUUUUCAGGUUUUUUUACUGUUCGAAAUAUUUCGACUUAGUUAUGUCUUUUGCUAAGAUUUUUUGUUCGUUGAACUGUGUAUAUUUCACUUCAGGUGAUGCUGAAACGGGCCGGCUUGGUGUCUUCAGUCUUAGCCGCAAUAGAACAGUUUGACUUUGGCGUCAGGAGGUGCAAAUUUUUGUUUUCAUUGAAAAUUAUUACUUUUCGAGGACGGCGGUUCAAUUGCUGACUUCUUUGUUGCGACAUCGAGGACCUGAGGUCCAAGCCAGCGUUAUGGGCCAGCCGAUGGGCGUCUCGAAGCUCGUCGACAUCGUCCACGACAACAGGUUCGUUAUUUCGGAGGCCUAUGGACGACUUUUAGUUCUCUAAUUAAUCAAUUAUUACGCAUACUUGAACAUUUUCAGAUAAAAAAAGUGUUACUUUGUCAUGUUGUUCAUAUUCAGCUUUAAAAAGUUUGUCAAGUUGUUGGAAAGUUUAAGGAUUUCGACAGUGUUUUUAUGCAACAAUUGAGAAAAUCAAAAAAAAAAAACUUGCAUAGUAAUUUGCAUUUUUGCAGAGAAAUUAUUCGAAACGAAGCGAUUUUGAUGUUGUGCGAAUUGAGUCGCUCCAAUGCCCAGAUCCAGCAACUGCUGGCCUACGACAACUUGUUCGUCUUGUUGUUCGACGUCGUCGACACGGAGCCUCUCGACAGUAACUCUCAGAAUCCGGAUUUCAUUGCAUCUUUUUCAGGCAUCGUCAUCGAAGAUUGUCUUUUUGUCACUCUCAAUCUGCUCAGAAAAAACGCCAUGAAUCAGCAAUUAUUCCGCGAAAACAAGUUGGUUAAUUUAUAGCAGGAGCAUAAAUUUCAUUUUAUUGCUUUUAUAAGAAUUUUUCCUGUAGUCGGAAUAACUAUAAAUAGACACGAGAAAAAAUCGAACAUUUUUUAUUUAUUUUUUACUUUCUGCGUUCAUUUAAAAAGUUGAAAAAAAAGGUUGAAAAUUAUUUCAUAGCACAUUUUCUGCGUUCUUUUCAUAAUAAAACGUAGUUGAUUGCCGGGUUAAUCGAGAAAAAUAUGAGUAACUAUUAAAAAAAAAAAGUUUUCCCUUGAUUAUUUUUGUCAAUGGAUGAUUUUUGCAGUCUUAUCGCACGACUAGGCACUAUUUUGCACUCUUUUCUCUACGGAGCCGAGGGAGAAACGGACGAAGCCGUCGAUACCGGCGAGUGGGCCAAGCAAAGGACCGCCAACGUCAUUUUCUUGCUUCAAAUCGUCAGGUAUUCACUCUUACGAUGUACCGAAAUUCUGAUUUUUUCAGAGCUCUCGUGAGUCCCGACAAUGCUGGAACCAAUACUCAUGCUGCCCAAAAGGCUAUUUAUCAAACAAGUUUGCUCGUUUCGUUUGUAUUUUUAUAACUCUUGUACACAGAAAUAUUGGCUGAGCUUUGUCGAGUUUUGCUUUCUGAAAUUGGCGCGUCUGUUGAGGUUGCAAUCCACUUUUAAUCAAUAGGAAUUAUCGUUUUUCUUCAGAUUCUGACGGAAUCUAUCAUUGUGGUCGCAGAGUCGAUCCGAGGCAACUACACGAAUCAGGAGUACUUCGCCAGUACCACCUUGAUCACUCCCGAUCAGUCGACCAGGUUUGAAGUACUUCAAAAGUGGUAGAAAAGAUUCGGGGAGUCUGGAAAAAGACUAAUUAAAGUGAACAGCCUGGGAAUUGAAUUCCUCCUAAAUCUUAUCCUACAAUUUUUUUCUGUUCUCGAGGAUUGUCUCCGUUUUUUAGAGAAAAACAUCACCAAAUAAAAGCUGCAGAAAAUCUUGAGAAUGGAGCUAUUUGUGGAAAAUUCUUUCGAAAGGCGUCGAGGUUUUUGAAAAUGUUCAAAAAUUAUAUUUUCACCGUUCCCUCUGCUACACGUGCCGUCAAAAUUAGAAAAAAAGUCAUUCGAACUCUGUUUCUGUGAUUGAUGGAUCAUAAGUUCAGUUUCGAGUUGCAGACCUUCUCUUCUGGUUUUGCUCAUCUCGAUGACCGCUGAAAAGCAACCUUUCAAACUGCGUUGCUCCGUUUUUUAUUGCUUCCUUUCUUAUCUUUUCGAUAAUGAAUUUGGGAAGACGAAGGUUCGUUUUUCAAGUUGUUUCUAUAUUAUUUCGAAGUUUAGAUAAUCGAGACUCUUUUGCCGUCGUCUCAGCCAGAAAAUGCUGUUUCUACGGGUGCACUCAUUUGCCAAGUAUCAUUCGCUGAUAGGGAAGAUCGGAAAUGAUCUGUUUCAGGCGAUUUCCUCUUCGGAAUCGGUUCAAUGUUGGUUCGGAUGUGUCUCCCUGAUGCAUUGUCUGUAUCAAGUUGAACAUUUAUGGUAAAUAAACUACUUUUCUCGAGAAAUCGCGUAUUUUCAGUGAGCAGCUGCUUCGUGUCCAGCUGACAGUUUCCUCCGAAGGGCCUUCCGUUUCGUUGCUUUCUCAUGUUUCUCAGCUUCUGGUUGGUUCAAAGCUGAUUUUCCUUUAUCAAAAUUGAUAAGGCCUAAGUUUUUGUGAAAUCAGAAGAUUCGAAAAGUAUUUCAAUUCAACUUAUCUCUUAUCAUAUUAGAUUUUUGGUUCAAUAAAACAUGUGACCGUUUUGAAAUAUCCUUUCGGAAUAUUUUCUAGUUUUUCACUCAUUCAAUUUUUUGAGCCAAUAGGAUAACGAAGUUUUAGUGUCUCUUUUUAUUUCAUGUUUUUUUCUUUUGGAAAAAGUUCUUCUUGUCAGACGUCGAUGGGAAAUCGACGACCUCAAAUGCGAGCCGGCGUUUUGAUGCUUCUGGGAGUGUGGCUGAACGGAUCCCCUCAAGCGGUCACUUCUUUUGUGGCCAAAGACGAGAACUUGCAGUACCUCACCACGCACAUUGGUCCGAAAACUGACGAGAAAAACUGGUUUUCACCAUGGAAAGUUCAGCCGACGAGUGUGGAGAAGGAAGUGAAAGCGAACAACAGGCGAUCCGGGGCCUCAUCGCUUUUUCGUUGCUCGUCUGCCUGAAAUCAACGGAAGAUAAAGACGCGAGGUUUCCUUUUCACGACUUUUCAAGAAUUUAGAAAAAUUCAUGGACGGCUGAAGUCCAAAGAAAUCAAUGCGUUUGUUUUUAGAUUUUUUUUUAUAACAAACGAAACAAUUAAUGAACUCAAAUUUUUAAUCCUUGGAAUAAAUAGACAAAAAGUCUUGUAUAAUUUUCGAAGCUUUGAACAGGUGCAUGAUAUCUUUUUCUUUUUUUCUUUUCUUUCUUGAAGAAUGUUCGCUCAGAUUUUUGAUAAACUAGACAAAAACGGAAUUUCCAAAAAGAAUUUUUAGAAGCUCUUUGGAAGCCCUGAUAGAACGGAGAGUCGGUAAAGAGGCGGUCAUCUCGGCCCUCGAAGGCCUUUCUCGAACCGAGCAAUUCGUCCGUGCCGCCCAGAAGCCUCAGCCGCUCGCCAAGCAGACAAACGAACUUUUCCUCGAUUUCCACUUUGUCAAACUUUUCAAAAAUAUUGAAAGUUCGUGUCUUCAGAAAGUAAUUCAUUGAGGAUGAACCUAGGCUCUCUGGUGAAACAAAUCCGACCGACUGGAGAGUUCAACGGCACGGCCAACAACGACAGCAUCAUCCAGUCGUUCAAAGUUUCAUCAUAUUUCGAACAUUUUCAACUUCCGAACUUGCAGGAGCUCAUUAAACGGCAGGACGAAGAGAUUUCGGUUUUGAAGCACGAAGCGAAGAGAGCGCAGACGGAAAUCACGAGAUUGCAACAAGAGGUCGAUCAGCAUAUUGAGAAUUUUUACGAACUAUUUCUGCAGGCUGACAAAUCUUCACUGGAAAAAGAGUUAGAAGAUGUGCGGGCCAAGUUGGAGGCGUCCUGUUCUGUGCAGGCGCACAGCGAAUCCGUCAGUUUGCAGCUCCAGGAGGCUCAAAGGUACCACCUCUUCAGUGAGAAUUCAGUAGAAAUACAUUUUAAAGGUUCCUCUGAACCUCACAAGCUUAUUCUCAUCAUAAAAUUUCAUAGCCGAUGCUCUCGCUAAAAUAAAAAAAAGCAGCAGAUUCAUAUUCCGGAGUUUAACGGUUGAAAGUCCGGCAUUUUUUUUGCACGAGAUAAAAUUGUACAUCAAAGUUUGAAAAUAUCUCAAAAACCUUGAAAAAUAUUCUUUGAUCUUGAUAAGUUUUUCUGAGAGUUUUGAAAAAAAUAAUAAAGAAUUAAUUUGAUGUCCUUUCACCGUUUUAUUUUUAGAAAUCAAAAAUCCCGCUUUUUUCACGUCAUGAAGUUAUGUUUUCAUCAACGCAUAAAAAUUUUUUCGAGAAAGUGUUUUUCUAUUCGAUUUCUGGACUUCUGUUGAUUUUUUUGAGCAGAUCAAAUGAGUUUAUUUUGUAAGCUUACAAAUAGAUCAGAAAGAUAAUGAUAGUAUGAAGAGAGAUAAAAAAGGAAUCGGGUUGAGAGUCGCCCAGCAAUGGUAUUCCGAGGCGGAACGUUACAAGCAAUGGGCAGCACAGUGGCAAUCCUACCAACUGGCCCAGGUUUUCGGCAUUUUCCUCUUGAUAUCCCCGAUUCGAUCCAGAUCCCAAACGCUGCUGAAGUCGGCGUCGCUCAACUUCAGCAACAGAUCGCUGAGCUGGAACAACAGCUCUCUUUUGGAUAUCAAGCCUUCGAGCAGCAGAGCCAAUCGGUCUGUACUUUUCGGCCGAUAAUCAAUCAUCAAAAGAGUUUCAGAUCGUCCAAUACACGAAUCAGAACGCGGAACUUCGCGAAGCCGUCUCUAAACUAGAAUCGGCGUUGGCAACCAAAGAACGGGAGAUUUCUGAGGCAAAGAGUUCUGUGGCGGUCAACGGCCACGCCUCCAAUCCUGAGGUGAUUGACUAUUUUCAGCCCUUCAAAUUAUCUUGAAAAAUAAAUAGAAAAAUUAACGCAGAAAACUUGAGAUCCAAUUAUUUUUUUAUAUCAAAUGAAGAUUUCCUAUCUUCAAACGUUUGAUUUUAUUAUUAUAUUGGAAAAAAAGCCAAAAAAAGUUUCUUCUAAUCGUAAAUAACUCGGCAGGACCAAGAGGAGGUGACGAAGCUGCGCAGCGAACAGGAGGACCUUCUGGUCCUGCUCGCCGAGCAACACAACAAAAUGACCCAAUACAGAAGGACGCUCAAGUCUUUGGGCCAACCAGUUACUGACGACGAGGACGAAUGA